GCGUAAGGAUCGGCCGUUACCGCGCACAGAUUCUCUUCACUCACAGCUUCUGUCUGUCUGUCUCUCUCUCAGAGCUCCAUUGUUCUUUGACUCCCUGCCCACAGAGAGAGAGAGAGAGAGAGAGAAGGGGGGAGGGAGAAGAGGAAAGAGAUGUUGGACAUUAAUCUUUUCAGGGAGGAGAAGGGGAACAACCCCGAGAGGAUCCGGGAGUCCCAGCGGCGUCGCUUCGCCAGCGUCGAGAUCGUCGACGAGAUCAUCGCCCUCGACAAGGAGUGGCGCCAGCGUCAGUUUGAGCUCGAGAACCUGCGCAAGGAGUUCAACAAGAUCAACAAGCAAGUCGCUCAGCUCAGAAUCUCUGGUGGUGAUGCAACGGAGAUGAUAGCGAGCACCAAUGAGAACAAGAGGUUGGCUGCCGAAAAAGAAGUUGAAGUCCGUGAUGCUUGGACGCAAUUGAAAUCAAGGCUCGAAACAGUUGGGAACUUGGUCCAUGAUUCCGUUCCUAUUAGUGAUGAUGAGGCAAAUAAUGCGGUUAUCAGGACAUGGGGCGAGAAGAGAGUGGAGGCAAAAUUGAAGAGCCAUGUUGAGCUUGUUGAGCUUCUUGACAUUGCAGACUUGAAAAAAGGAUCCGAUGUGGCCGGAGGUAGAGGUUUCUACUUGAAAGGUGAUGGUGUACGCCUUAAUCAAGCUUUGAUUAACUUUGGCCUUGAUUUCUUGGAAAAAAGAGGCUACACAGCAUUGCAAACUCCUUUCUUCAUGAGAAAAGAGAUCAUGGCCAAGUGUGCUCAAUUAGCACAAUUUGAUGAAGAACUCUACAAGGUUACUGGGGAGGGAGAUGACAAAUAUCUCAUUGCUACUGCAGAGCAGCCACUCUGCGCUUAUCAUUUGGAGGACUGGAUUCAGCCUGCACAGCUGCCCUUAAGAUAUGCUGGAUACUCGUCUUGUUUCCGCAAAGAGGCAGGUUCACAUGGUCGUGAUACUUUAGGAAUCUUCAGAGUCCAUCAGUUCGAGAAAGUGGAGCAGUUUUGCAUCACCUCCCCGAAUGGCAAUGAUUCGUGGGACAUGCAUGAAGAAAUGAUUAAAAAUUCUGAGGAGUUUUACCAGGCGCUUAAGAUACCGUAUCACAUUGUUGCUAUUGUCUCGGGAGCAUUGAAUGACGCAGCCGCUAAGAAGUAUGACCUAGAAGGAUGGUUUCCAGCGUCACAGACUUACAGAGAGCUUGUGUCCUGUUCCAAUUGUACCGAUUAUCAGUCGAGAAGACUUGAAAUUCGGUUCGGCCAAAAGAAGGGGAACGAGCAAGCGAAGCAAUAUGUUCACCUCUUGAACUCCACUCUCACAGCAACUGAGAGGACCAUUUGUUGCAUCCUUGAAAACUGCCAGAGAGAAGAUGGAGUUGAGGUACCCGAACCUCUAAGGCUUUAUAUGGGCGGAAAGGACUUCUUGCCAUUCAAGAGCAAGCCUGCACCCGAAGCCAAAGGGAAGAAAUCUAAAGCAUAGCUUUUUCAUGGAGUUGAAGAAUUUAUCUGCUGCAAAGGAUUACAAGCCACAACUAAUUAGAUGUUUGCUAAGAGUACUAUUUUUGUCAUCUCAUAUCCCUUUACGAUUGGGAUGUUAGACGAAUGCAAUUGAAAUACUGAAUUUUGAUAUUAUGGCUUUCGUUAUCUAUAAAUCAUUGGUUCCUUAUUGUAUU